AUGAAAGCUGGAUCGGGUAUUUCUGAAAAUCGUGGUGGUGACAGACGUUCGCAGAAAAAUGUGGAAAAGCGCAAAAAAGUGAAAGCAUUCAUCGCAAGUUUAAAGGGGCAAGAGAGUCACUACGGAAGAGCGAAAUCUAAAAGGAUAUAUUUAUCUGCAGAGUACAAUAUCACCAUACUACAUAGGCUAUACAAUGAUAGCGUUGAAGAAAGCUAUAAACUAUCCACAGAAAGAUGGCGUGAGGAUGAGGAAUUGCAAUGGCUUCGUCCUAUUUUUCCAGAGCCCCUUGAAGAGCUACAAGAGAAUAGUGAUGAAGACAAUGAUGAAGAUAAUGCCCAAGAAGUAUGUAACUGCAUCGAGGAUGAUGAUGGAGUGAAAGUUUGA